AUGGCACUAAAAGGAGUGAGGCAGUUUUCACAUUUAAUAUUGGAAGAAAAUGAGGAGUAUAUUACUGAUGUAUCAUGUAUUUGUAAAAGCAAAAGUAUUCAUAGGUUGUUUGGGAAUGCGUUCAAAGGAAGAAUAAGAAUUGGGAGCAAAAGCAUAAUAAUUGAACCAGAUGACUCAACCAUCAGUAUGAUAAAAAUUCUAUUUAGCCAAAUAAUUGACAUAAAAUUGGACAGCACUCAUUCUAAGAUGAUAGUCUUUUCAAAAGUUGUUCGUCUUGUGGAUGUACAAGUAAUUGAUGGUAAAUCAAGAAGUGUUACUCCGAAUCAAGUCUUAUCUUCCAAAGAUUCUGAAAGUUGUACAUCUAAUAAGGGCGGGUUUGAGUUUGAAAUCACUAUUAAAAAUGAGAUAGGACAAUAUAUAAUGAAUCUUUCUAAUGAACUUUGGAUGGAACACUCCAAAAAACACGGCUCUAUAAAUAAACUGGAAGAUUUGGUAGGCAAGUGGAUUAGUUUUCUAUAUAAUAAGGAAAUAUUGAAUGUUGAAUAUGAAUUUUUGUUGGACCACAGAGAUCAAUUUCUGAUUUCUAAGCCUCUAAUAGUCAAUAGAAUCAAACCCUUUACAAAGCAUAGAGGGAUUCUACACAUUGUUUCAUCUGGUAUUUGUUUUAAACCACUUCCAAACUUUUCAAACAAACCAUACAAAAGAAUUCCAUUAAAAAACAUAUGGUUUAUAUUUAAGAGGAUAUAUUCCAUGAAGACAAACUCUGUGGAAAUUAUAUAUGGAAAAGAACUUAAACCUCACAUCAUGUCAAGUAAAAGACGAGCACAUUGGAGAAGCUUUUUUCUCGAGUUUCAAUCAACUCAAGAUAGGGAACAUAUUGUAGCCUUUCUCCAAUCCUACUUAAUGAACUUGAAUAGCAAAGGAUGUCAAUGGAAUAGUCAGGUACCCCAAUAUGCAUCAUGUCAGUGCUCAUCCGUUAAUUCAUCCUCUUGCCUGCCUAUGCUUUUUGUAGAUCCACUCUAUGCUAGUCAAAGCCCAUGUUUUAAAAAGCACAUCCAGAAUCUCUGGAUACAUGGAUCAAUCUCUACCUACCAUUAUUUGGAUUAUUUGAAUAGUAUUGGUGGUAGGUCAAAGGCAGAUUUAACUCAAUAUCCCAUAUACCCCUGGACUAUAGUGAGCUUUAAUUCUGUAUUAAAUUCCAAGCAGGAUCUUUCUCAGCCGUCCAAUUAUAGAGACUUAUCUAAACCUUUGGGUUCAAUUAAUAGAAGUAACUUAGAGAUGCUUAAAAGUAGGAUGAAGGACCUACCAACUUCAGAGCAAUUUCUUUAUGGGUCUCACUAUUCAACUCCAGGAUAUAUUUCUUAUUUUCUAGUUAGACAGUUCCCAGAGUACCAACUUAAACUACAUGGGGGAGAUUUUGAUGUAUGGAACAGAAUGUUUCACUCAAUGAGUGACACUUGGAAAACUAUUCUUGAAGGAAAAACUACAUAUAUGGAAUUAAUACCUCAAUUUUACGAGCAGAAUCCUGACUUUCUUUUAAACAAUAAGCUCAAUAUCAGAACAAACUCUGGGUCUUUACUUAAUGUUCAAAUCCCAAAUUGGCAAUUUGGAACAGACAAUAACCAGUUAAACACUGCAUCACUAAAUACAACUCAUCUUAGCCAAGCUGAGAUGUUUCUAAAGACUAUGAGAUAUGCUCUUGAGGGACAAAUAGUGAGUCAACACAUUCACGAAUGGAUUGAUUUGAUUUUUGGAUUCAAACAAAGAGGAUCUGAGGCUUACAACUCUGACAAUCUUUUUCAUCCAAUUACAUAUAUUAACUCUUCUAUAGCUAUCAGGACUGACCAAUCACCGGUAUACGCAGCUCAGGAAUGCACUAAUGAAUUAGCCAGUAAUCUAAAUCAAGAAAUCUACUUAAGAAAAAUAUCUGAUGAGAACCAAGAUACUGCACUGAAAGCCCAAGUCGAAGAAUUUGGGCAAGUGCCUAUAAUGCUUUUUAAUGAUCCUCAUCCUAAGAGAGAUUUAAUAUCUCUAGAAGAAUACACUAUAAUGCAACACUUAAAUCAUGAGUGUGCUAAUAUGCCUUGGUUUGUCUUAUUCAAAACUAAUCCCCAGCUUUUGGAAGCUAAUUACGACUUUAAUCAGAAGGCACAACAACCAAAGCAGGAGGAGAAUUACCUAGAAGGAAGCAUUGAGACCCUUAACUUUAUGGUAGACCUACAAAAUCACUUAAAACCAGUAAAGACUCUGAAUAACGAGUUUUCUAAUACUACAAACAGAGUAGAUAUGUUUAAGAGAGACUUGAUUUCUCAGGAGAAUAUAUUAAGACCAAACCAUAAGCUAGGAAAAGAUGAAUUUGAUAAUAACAAGGAGAAGUUUAAUUUGAAUGAAAAGGAUGGUUUUAUGUUAAUUUUUGCAGAGGACUACUGUGACUCCAGGGGUGGUUUUCAAAAGCUGGAUUUUUCAAAAAUUAGUCAGUUGGAAGCAAAUGACAGAACAGGGAUACAAUUCUCUUUUUUGACAUCCAUUUAUGAAAAGCCUAGAGAAUUUGUACUUUUGGCACUCCUAGAUCAAUUUGAAGAAAGAUUAUCAUUUUAUAUUUCAAUGUAUGGAUUUGAGGAACUUGGGUUUAAGUGUGUAUAUUCAAGCAAACAGGAUCUUUUUGGGAACAAACCAAUUUGCAUCGAUUUACUGGUAUGUAAUGAAGGUUCUGCUUAUGUAACAAUUGGUACUCUGUCAGGAGAUUUGAUUUAUCUGAGAUUUAAAUUGUCUAGCAAGGCUUCAUUACUUAACUUGACGCAACCAGAACAUAUUGAUUUUCACAAUAUGUUUGUAAUGGCACAAAAAGAAAAGAUUUUGAAACAAUUCAAUAUGGGAAACGUUAACUUGGUUGUAAGCAUAGAAUUCCAUGAGUUUAGUUGCUAUAUUGUAGCAGUUUCACAAGGAGGCAUUAUGUUGGUAAGCAGACAUUCCAUUGAUAACCAUCAGGACUUUCGAAAAUCCGUCUGGUUUCCCAUUGUGGAUAUCCCUCUUAGAUAUGAAAAGGUUUCUUGCAUCAUUCAGAUGGAUUUGGUAAACCCUGAUUUGACAGAUCUACCCAAAGAUCAACCAAAAAAACAGAACAGCCAGAAAAAUAUUAAUGAAAACAUUUCCAGGUUCGGAAAGAUUACGAAAGAUAUUGACUCAAGUGGUUUUUGUUUCUCUUGUAUAUUAUCCGAUUUGGAUGGUAAGAAGCAAAGACUUUGGAGUUUUGGCGGACAGGACAAACUACUCUCGUUGGACUUAAUUGGAAUGCUGAAUAGCAUCUUCUCAGUUCAGGGAAGUAAUCGAAAAGAAAACGGAGGGAGUGUGAACAACCAUCUAGGCAAUGAUGUCAUUACUAGUGAAGGAAACUCUAAUAUUGCGCAUAGUUUUGGGCUAAAAGAGAUCGAAGAAUCCCAAAAAGUAGACUGGGUUUUCCUUAAAGAAAAGAGCCUUUUGCUCUACGUUGGAUUCCAUAAAGUUGGAAAUCUGAGUGUAAUGGUAUUUUGGGAUAUUCACAAAAAAAAAGACGCCAAAGUUCACAAGGUCAUCUUCAUCCCAAAUCUGUUCAUUGACUCUGUUUGCUGGGACAAAUACAGAAAAGGCCUUUUAAUUCUAGGGCAAAUAAUCGAAGAACCUGAACUAAAGCCCCAAGGGCAAUCCGAGAUAAAAACUAGCUCAACUCUGAGCCCUAAUAAAAAGGAAGAAAAUAUCUCAAAAAACAUCUACUUUUUUCGAGAAAAGCACUGGAAUUCCAAGAACAAUAUUGUAAUGCAAAUACUAACACUUAAAAGUUCAUUCGAGGUAUUGCUAAAUACGAAUAUACGGAGAACGUCCUCUUUAAACCAUAAUUCUCUAGACUUCAAACGUCACACCAUAUUAUGCACGGAAAGGCUCAUAAUACUGAGCUCAUAUCUAGCAUUUCUCGUCUUUAGAGUCUCCAAGAAAAACCAGCCCACGGAGAAUUUUGAGCAAGCUACUCAAGGCACACCAAAAUAA